AUUGGAGAAGAAAAAGCAUGUUUAUCCUCGACAUGAUAACAGCACCAAUCAUCAUUACAUUAAAAUAUUUUAAUAGAAUUUAUAGUUGAGGUUAUAUCUGAUACAGUUAAAAAUCCAAGUUCAUUAUUUUGUCUGCGUUUGAAGAUUCGUUGUGCUUUAAACCCUGAGAGAUGUUAUAAUGAGUUCAGCAGGAGACAGACAGCACUCCUCCAGGACGUCUCAGACUCCUGAUCCCUCACAGCUGUAUGAAGACAUGAAAACAGAGAUUUCAGAUGGAGGGAUAUCCGAAGUGUCAGGAGUCUGUGUGAAGAAAGAGGAGACACUGGAGCUGAACAUCUGCAACUAUGGAGACGACCUUGAGAACCCACCUGAAGAGCUCUCCAUUAAAGAGGAAGAAUCUGACAAUAAAGACUACCUUUAUUGUGAAGUUUGCAAAUCCUUCUUUUUUAACAAGUGUGAGCUUCACGGACCACCCCUCUUCAUUCCUGAUACUCCUGUUCCCAUGGGAGUUCCUGACCGAGCCAGACAAACUCUUCCUCCUGGACUAGAGAUUAGGAAGUCUGGUAUUCCUGAUGCAGUCCUGGGAGUGUUUAAUAAAGGGGAGACUGUUCCAGUAGGUGCACACUUCGGACCCUACCAGGGAGAGCUGGUGGACAUAGAAAAAGCAAUGAACAGCAGAUACUCCUGGGUGAUAUGCAGGAGCAGGCAGUGUGAAGAAUACAUAGAUGCCUCAAGAGAAAUGCAUGCAAAUUGGAUGAGGUAUGUGAAUCGUGCUCGUAAUGAUGAACAGAAUCUUGUGGCAUUUCAGUAUCAAGGGGGAAUUGUGUAUCGUUGCUGUCGACCCAUUAACCCAGAACAGGAGCUCUUGGUGUGGUAUGAAGAGGAGUAUGCCAAAGAACUUAGUCCUAUGUUUCAUGACCUCUGGAACAAAAAGUGUUAUAUGAAUGACAAACACAUCCAGGGAUGCCACAGUGAAGAAUAUUUGACACCAUGUGAACUGGGAGAGAUUAAACAUAAUCUUCAAAUCUCCUCCAAAGGCUCCAGUAGUCCACCUACUUCACCUCAUACUUUCAGUUCUGACACUUCUAACAAUGAUGACCAAAAGGAAAUUCAUCACUGCUCAGAACGUGGAAAAAGUUUUGAUUAUCAGAGUGUUCUCCAACAACACCAAUGCAUUCAAACAGAAGGGAAACCUUAUCACUGCUCACUGUGUGGAAAGAGUUUUACUCGACAGAGUCAUCUCCAACAACACCAGCGCAUCCACACAGGAGAGAAGCCAUAUCACUGCUCACAGUGUGGAAAGAAUUUUACUCAACAGAGUGACCUUCAACGACACCAGCGCAUUCACACAGGAAAAAAGCCAUAUCACUGCUCACAGUGUGGAAAGAGUUUUACUCAUCAGAGUCAUCUCCAAAAACACCAGCGCAUUCACACAGGAGAGAAACCAUAUCACUGUUCACUGUGUGGAAAGAGCUUUACUCAACAGAUUGACCUUCAGCGACACCAGCGCAUUCACACAGGAGAGAAGCCGUAUUACUGCUCACACUGUGGAAAGAGUUUUACUCAAAAGAGUCAUCUCCAACGACACCAGCGUAUUCACACAGUAAAGAAGCCACAUCACUGCUCGCAAUGUGGAAAGGGUUUCAGUCAACAGAGUAAUCUCCAAGAACACCAGCGCAUUCAUGCAGGAGAGAAGCCCUAUCUCUGCUCACAGUGUGGAAAGAGUUUUACUCGACGGCGUGAUCUCCAACGACACCAACGCAUUCACACAGGAGAGAAGCCAUAUCACUGCUCACAGUGUGGAAAGCGUUUUGCUCAACAGAGUGCUUUCCAACAGCACCAGCGCAUUCACACCGGAGAGAAGCCGCAUCACUGCUCACAGUGUGGAAAGAGUUUUACUCGUCUGAGUGCUUUCCGACAGCACCAGCGCAUUCACACUGGAGAGAAGCCGUAUCAGUGCUCACAGUGUAGAAAGAGUUUUACUCGACAGAGUGAUCUCCAACGACACAAGCUCAUUCACACCGGAGAGAAGCCGUAUCACUGCUCACAGUGUGGAAAGGCGUUUACUUAUUCAGUUACAUUUAAGACCCACAAGUGCACGAACUCUGAAACGUUGCAUGAUUUAACGUUGUCAAAUUAAAUGUUUGUUUAUUCUGACUGUUUUGGUUGGAAUCGAUUUGUAUUUUGAAAUUUUAUUUUCUUAAUUUUUUGAGGAAGGCAGAAUAUGUAAUCUUGUAGUAAUGUUUGAAAUAAGACUGUUAAUGUUUUCUUUUGACCUGAAGUAGUCAUGACCUAAAUUAACACCACACAAGUCAUGCAUUAACUACAGCACUAUUUUCAGUAUAAUACGGCAACAUUACACUAAAACAGAACCACUGAGGUACCGGAAAAUUUAAUCGUCAAUACACUCAAGUAACGUGAACUGUGUGGAAACAAUACCAAAUUUUUAGUUCAUCCUCUGUCUUUUUGCCCAUGGUCUAUCGAUAUAUUUUCUGUUGUAUUUUUCCAUGGUUAUUAUACAUGAUUUAAUCAUUAACAUCAAAUCAGUUGACUGUGAUUUCAGUAAGGGACUUUGUUCACUCAUAAUGCAUAAGUGUCUAUACUUUGCUAACUUGUAAUGUGCACGUAUCUGUUCCUUAGGUCGUGGUGAUUUUGUCCAUGUUCCUGUUUUACUUUGGGUGAGAUCAAUCUGGUCUGGAGUCUGCCCUUUGCAUGUACACAUCAGC